AUGAAUUAAGAAAUAUAACAAAAGGAUCAAACUAUAGUUCUUAUACAUCAACCAAAGAGUCACCCAUGGACUGAAAUAUAAAUGGCUCAUGAGCCACAUACUCAUGCAAAAAAUAAGGAAUUUAAAGAAAAGUACUUAUCAUCUUGUUUUGAUGAAACUUAUAAUUUGUCAAAUCAAGAAAUUAAAGAAUGGUGGAAUCUAAGAGUUGAAUUAUAUCCUUUAUAUUCUCAUGAAGAUGAAAAUUGUGUUAAAAGAAUAAAGGGUUUAUGGUAUUUAUUAACAGAAAAUGAUUUGGAAGAGAUUAGAAAUUAAAAAUGGACAGAGUUUGGGUUUUAAUAGGCUGAUCCAACUACAGAUUUUAGAGGAGGUGGAGUAUAAUCAUUAGAUGAUAUUAUCAAUUUUGUGAGUGAUUAUAAAGAAACUAUGGUUAAAGAAAUGUGUAAAUCAUCAAAUGAUUUUUAUUUUGCAGCUUCUUCUAUCAAUAUCACUUUCUUCAUUAAGCGAUAUUUUCAUUUAUAAGAAUAACUUGAUGAAAGAGAUAGAAAGGUAUAAUUGAAAUUAACUUAUAGGAAAUUGCAGAUAGAGUAGCACUUAAAAAUUUUUGCAGAUUUCUAUUAAAGGAGGAGAAUUUUUGGAAGAAAUUACAUUAACUAUUACUCUCAGAUCUAUUUAAUGAAUGGAUAGCACUUAAGAAAAGAAGACCAGAAACAACAAUUAUGGAUUAUGGUCCUGUAUUAGAAAGAGUUAAACAAAAAACUAAAAGAACAUUUUCAACUAGAUUAUUUGGUAAUCUAUAAUAAUUAAUUGAGUUUUAUCAAUCAUUAUGA